CCGUGAAAUGGAGGGAUAAUAACAGCGACCUUCCUCGAAGAACAUCUGCGGGCUAAGACCUGUAAAGUGCGUGGGACGCGGCCCAGCAAACAACAACCACGAGUCAGUUGCUAUUCCCACGACCGCGCAGGUCCCCCCGCGCGCCCGCUGCUACGUAGAUACCAGGACGCAGAACAGCACCACUUCCGCCAGGCGCUUCCGGACAUGGCGACUCUGCAACUCGCGAGCGCUACAGUUCUCCACGCUGCCGUCUGCAUCUUGCCGGCUGUGCUCCACGCGAUCUCCCCCGCCUUUCCCAGAGGACUUCCCUAAGGCAGUCUUUAAAGGUGUUCGGGCUGCAGGCCACAAGCAGCCUCCCAGCUUUGCGCCUUUGUCUUGUGGCAUCGAGCCCUGUGAAGCCGCAAAGCCUUCGGGAAGCUAGCCAGACCCGGUGCGUUCUGCCUUUCUCCACACCCCCGACGUCCGCUGUGCCUUCCGGCUGCUAGGGCUAGGCCGGAAAGGAAGUGGAACUGCGUGGCCCGGGGAGCGGUUUCCCCGCCGGACCUAUAAAUACAGCGUACGGGGGAGUCGCUGGAGCGCCUUCUCAGUCUCCUGCUCCAGCGACAUGGCCUCCAGCUUUGGGGCUCCCUUUGGCACUUCGGGCACCGCUGCAGCCACCGCAGCUCCCGCUGGAUUUGGUGGGCUUGAGACUGCCAACUCCACCGCCAGUGGGUUUAAUUUUGGGGGUUUCGGAUUAACUGCUAAUCCUGCAGUGAACUUUAAUAUUGGGAAUUUCGGUGUUUCAACAACCUCGGCGACUCCAUUCAAUUUUGGUAACAGUCUGGCAAGUGCAGGUGCUUUUGGAGGAUUUGGAACCACAACUACAACAGCAGGCUCUGCAUUCAGCUUUUCUGCUCCAACUAACACAGGCACUAGUGGACUCUUUGGCAGUACUCAGAACAAAGGUUUUGGAUUUGGUACUGGUUUUGGCACAGCAACAGGAACUACUACUGGCUUGACAACUGGACUAGGAUUUGCAGGAUUUAAUACACAGCAGCCUCAGCAGCAACAAACGACAUUAGGUCUCUUCAGUCAACCUGCACAAGCUCCUACCCAGUCCAACCAAUUGAUAAAUACCGCAAGUGCUCUUUCUGCUCCAACACUAUUGGGAGAUGAGAGAGAUGCUAUUUUGGCAAAGUGGAAUCAGCUGCAGGCCUUUUGGGGAACAGGAAAAGGAUAUUUUAACCAUAACAUUGCACCAGUGGAAUUCACACAAGAAAAUCCCUUUUGCAGAUUUAAGGCAGUGGGUUAUAGUUGUAUGCCCAAUAAUAAAGAUGAAGAUGGACUAGUGGUUUUAGUUUUCAACAAGAAAGAAACAGAUAUUCGAAGCCAGCAACAGCAGUUGGUAGAAUCAUUGCAUAAAGUUUUGGGAGCACACCAGACCCUUACUGUAAAUGUAGAGGGUAUUAAAACAUUGCCAGAUGAUCAGACAGAAGUUGUCAUUUAUGUUGUUGAGCGUUCUCCAAAUGGUACUUCAAGAAGAGUUCCAGCUACAACACUCUAUGCCCACUUUGAACAAAACAAUAUAAAAACACAACUGCAGCAAAUUGGUGUAACCCUUUCUAUGACCAGGACAGAACUUUCUCCUGCACAGGUCAAACAACUUUUACAGAAUCCCCCUGCUGGUGUUGAUCCAAUUAUCUGGGAGCAAGCCAAGGUGGAUAACCCAGAUUCUGAGAAGUUAAUUCCUGUGCCGAUGGUGGGUUUCAAAGAACUGCUUCGGAGAUUAAAAGUUCAAGAUCAGAUGACUAAGCAACAUCAAACAAGACUAGAUAUUAUAUCUGAAGAUAUUGGUGAAUUACAGAAGAAUCAGACUACAACUAUGGCCAAAAUUGCACAAUAUAAGAGGAAACUCAUGGAUCUUUCCCAUAGAACCUUACAGGUGCUGAUCAAACAAGAGAUUCAGAGGAAGAGUGGGUACGCCAUCCAGGCUGAUGAAGAGCAGUUGCGAGUUCAGCUAGAUACAAUCCAGUGUGAACUAAAUGCACCUACUCAGUUUAAGGGCCGAUUAAAUGAACUGAUGUCCCAAAUCAGAAUGCAGAAUCAUUUUGGAGCAGUCAAAUCCGAAGAAAGAUAUUAUAUAGAUGCAGAUUUGUUACGAGAAAUCAAGCAGCAUUUGAAACAACAACAAGAAGGCCUUAGCCACUUGAUUAGCAUCAUAAAAGAUGAUCUAGAAGAUAUAAAAUUGGUAGAACAUGGAUUGAAUGAAACCAUACACAUCAGAGGUGGUGUCUUUAGUUGACAGUUCACACAGUUUAUGCUAAAGGUUUGUGAAAUAUAUCUUCAUCAGGCCUUCGUUAAGUGUGAAACUGACAAUAUGGAAGAAAAAAAAGAAAGAAAAAAAUCUUCUCCUAGCUUGGUUUCUGAGGUUGCUGACAGUUGACUGACCAUCACAUCUGAAAUAGCAUAGUCACUUCACAGCUCUUCAGAGAUAGCCUUUUAAAGAUUUAUACCUAAAAACUGUAUUUACUUUAAAAAGUGCAUAAUAAUCAAAAAUACGUUCUGUUGUACAUUUCUUUAACAGCGAUGGUAAAAGUAAUCAGUGUUUAUUGAUUAUUCUCUAUUGAGCCUAUAGUUUGCAUUCCAUACCAAGUAAAUGUGAAAUGCCUACUUUGCAUAUAACAAACUAAUUACUUGGCUACUAGAGAUUUGUACUUUAGAUGUAAAUGUACAUCAGUUUUAUAUUUGUGAAUUCAUCUGGGAAGGAGAAGAGAAAAUCCAAGACUAUUUAAUGAUUAAUGUAGUUUUCUUUUUGUUCUAUAAAGAUUUGAAAAUAUAUUUUUAUAUUUUGCUUAUUUGAAAUUUACAGAACACACCUAAACAAUUAGGAUAUAACAAACUUACAUUUUAUCAUUUUUGCAUCUUUUGUGUUUUUAGACCUUUUUAUUUCUAAAGAGGAAAACAUAAUAAAUUCUUAAUUUACUACUUUUAUAUAA